CCCGGGCCCCGGCUGGCCCGGCGGCCCCCCAGCUGGCUGGUGGGCGAGGCUGACGGCCGGGUCCAGCGAGCACCAUGGCGGCCGCCCUGGGAGCGGGCGGAGGAGCCGGCGCCGGAGAUGACGACUUUGACCAGUUUGAUAAGCCUGGUGCAGAGCGGUCCUGGAGAAGGAGAGCUGCAGAUGAGGAUUGGGACAGUGAACUUGAAGAUGAUUUACUUGGAGAAGAUUUACUGUCUGGCAAAAAGAAUCAGUCGGAUUUGUCAGAUGAAGAGCUAAAUGAUGAUCUUUUACAGAGUGAUAAUGAAGACGAAGAAAAUUUCAGUUCUCAGGGUGUCACAAUUAGUCUGAAUACCACAUCUGGCAUGGUCACAUCAUUUGAACUGUCUGACAACACUAAUGACCAAUCUGGAGAACAGGAGUCUGAGUAUGAACAAGGAGAGGAUGAACUCGUUUAUCACAAAUCCGAUGGAUCUGAGUUGUAUGCUCACGAGUACCCAGAAGAAGGACAGUAUGAAGGCCACGACACUGAGCUGACAGAAGAGCACAUUGAGUAUGUGGAAGAGCCAGAGGAGGAGCAGCUGUACAAUGACGAAGUGUUAGACAUCGAGAUCAACGAGCCUUUAGAUGAAUUCACAGGAGGUAUGGAAACUUUGGAACUGCAGAAGGACAUAAAAGAAGAAUCAGAUGAAGAAGAUGAUGAUGAUGAAGAAUCUGGACGAUUACGUUUCAAAACUGAAAGGAAAGAAGGAACAAUUAUUAGGCUCUCAGAUGUAACUAGAGAAAGAAGGAACAUUCCAGAAACUUUGGAGCUUUCAGCAGAAGCCAAAGCUGCGUUGCUUGAAUUUGAAGAAAGAGAGCGACAACAUAAGCAGGGACGCUAUGGUUCAAGGCGGGGAGGAAGGCGAGGAGGCUCUUUAAUGUGUCGUGGAAUGGGAGACCAGAGAAGAGAGAACAGUGAGCGGGGAAGAAUGAAAGACCACAGACCUGCUCUGCUUCCGACGCAGCCUCCCGUGGUGACGCACUCUCCAAGAUUAAUUCCUCCUCCACAGCCUCAGCCUCCGCCUCCGCCUCCGCCGCCGCCGCCUCAGCAGCAGCCAAUUAGAAGUCUGUUCCAGCAGCAGCAGCUGCAGCCUCUGCUUCCCCUACAGCACCCGCACCACCCUUCCCCUCCUCAAGGAAUGCACAUGCCGCCCCAGCUAGAGGCCCCGAGGGUGAUGAUGACGCCUCCCCCCGUGACCCCACAGCAGCCCAAGAACAUACACAUAAAUCCCCACUUCAAAGGGGCGGUGGUGACGCCCGUUCAAGUGCCCUUGCUGCCAGUCCCGAGCCAGCCAAGACCUGCUGUAGGACCCCAGAGAUUCCCAGGCCCUCCAGAAUUUCCACAGCACACACCUGGACCCGUUCCCAACAGUUUUAGCCAGCCCCCACGCCUUCCUCUUCAGGACCAGUGGAGAGCCCCACCGCCUCCCCAGGAGCGAGACCCUUUCUUCCUAGGAGUUUCAGGUGAACCAAGGUUCCCCAGUCAUCUCUUUCUGGAACAGCGAAGUCCCCCUCCACCGCCACCUCCCCCCACGCUUCUUAGCAGUAGUCACCCUGUGCCCACUCCCAGUCCCUUGCCAUUCACUCAGCCUGGACCAGCGUUUAAUCAGCAAGGACAGCAGCCAGUGUUCCCCAGAGAGAGGCCCGUAAGGCCAGCCCUCCAACCUCCAGGUCCAGUGGGCAUUCUUCACUUUAGCCAGCCGGGGUCAGCAGCCGCACGGCCUUUCAUUCCUCCUCGACAGCCCUUCCUGCCUGGACCGGGACAGCCGUUUCUGCCCACCCACGCACAGCCUAGUCUGCAGGGGCCCCUGCACCCCCCAUUGCCUCCUCCACACCAGCCCCAGCCCCAGCCCCAGCAGCAGCCCCCACUCCAGCCCCAGCACCAGCCCCCGCUCCAGCCGCCUCCGCAGCACCAGCCGCCACCUCCACAGCCGCAGCACCAGCCUCCUCACCAGCCACAGCAGCACCAGCACCACCACCACCUCUCCGUUCCUCCCCCGCCUCUGAUGCCCAUGGCUCAGCCCCAGUUCAGACCUCAUAUGCAGACAACUCAGCCUCAACCCAACAGCAGCCGAAUGCAGUGCCCCCAGCGCCAGGGGCUAAGGCAUAAUACAACUUCUCAGAAUGUAACCAAACGGCCAAUGCAGCAAAUGCAGCCAACUGCUCCAAGAAACAGUAAUUUGCGUGAAUUACCAAUAGCACCAUCACAUGUUAUAGAAAUGAGUAACAGUCGUUGCUCCUCCACACCUGCAGCUCAAGUAAAACCUGUUAUCAGCACGUCACCACCCUCGAGGCCUGGGGUGGGGUCCAGGAAUGCACAGGGGAAGACUGAAGUGAAAGUCAAGCCAGUUAGCCCUGUGGUUCAACCUAAAGAAGAAGCAAAAACAGAACCAGAGUUUCCUGAUGAAGAUGAAGAAACGAGGUUGUAUCGCUUGAAGAUAGAAGAACAGAAACGCCUCCGAGAAGAAAUCCUGAAGCAGAAGGAGCUACGACGGCAGCAGCAGGCUGGUGCUAGAAAGAAGGAGCUGCUCGAGAGGCUGGCGCAGCAGCAGCAGCAACAGCAACAGCAGCAGCAGCAGCUCUAUCCGCCCCCAGCCCCAGCAGAGCAAGAGGAGCAGACAUCGUCACCUUCGCCCACCAAUGGUAACGCGUUGUUACCCUUCCCAGGUGCACAGGCCAGACAGAAUGUGAAAAACAGACUUCUCGUGAAAAACCAAGAUGUCACUGUUUCAAAUAUUCAGCCCAAAACAUCAAAUUUUGUGCCAUCUGGUGCUAACAUGCAGUAUCAAGGACAACAGGUGAAACCACUGAAACAUUUGAGACAGGCCAGAACCAUACCUCCGAGUCCUGCUCAGCACAAAGUCCUGCAGGUGAAACCUGCGGACGGGGAGGGGCCGCCACCCCCCUCACAGACUGCUCGAGUGGCGUCCCUCCAGAGCCGGCCCCCAGAUGCCAAGCCCGGCACGAAAAGGACUGUCAUGCACCGGGCACACAGCGGUGGUGGAGAUGGGCCGCACGUCAGCUCCAAGGUCAGGGUGAUUAAGCUGUCAGGCGGGCAGGGAGGAGAGAGCGACGGCUUUUUUCACCCGGAAGGCCAGCCCCAGAGGCUCCCUCAGCCCCCAGAAGUGAGACAGCAGCCUGCCCGCAAGGUGACGCUGACCAAGGGGGCCCUUCAGCCACCCCAGCAUCCACCAGUGGGGGCCCACGUGCACUCAGCCGGCCCUCCAGGCAUUAAGAGCAUCCAAGGAAUUCACCCGGCCAAGAAGGUCCUCAUGCAUGGGAGAGGCCGAGGAGCGGCAGGUGCGAUGGGCCGGGGGCGCCUGAUGCCGAACAAGCAGAAUUUACGGGUGGUGGAGUGCAAGCCGCAGCCCUGCGUCGUGUCUGUUGAAGGCCUUUCUUCCUCCACUACUGAUGUCCAGCUGAAGAGCCUGCUGAUGUCAGUAGGACCCAUCCAGAGUUUACAGAUGCUUCCCCAGCAACGGAAAGCCAUAGCUAAGUUUAAGGAACCAGCCCACGCAUUAGCAUUUCAACAGAAGUUCCACAGGCAUAUGAUAGAUUUGUCCCACAUAAACGUGGCCCUGAUCGUGGAGUGACCUCUAGCAGGAGAGGCUGACCUUGCACUGCACGACGCUGUGGAAUUUCUUCAAGGAAGCUGCCAGCGCGGAGUCCCCACGAGCUUAGGUCUCUCCGUCCGCAGUAACUGUUUUCCGGAGCGCCAGGCCGCCCAGCACUGAUUCCAGAAGAGCCGAACUUACGGGACAUGGCAGACUGGAGUUUGGUGUUAGAUUGCUUUGAAUUCUGUUGUCACCACAAAGAACUACAGUUUUCGUUUUCUUUUGUUUUCAAAGUGCUCACAAUGCAUGUAGACACUGUUCUUCGUGAUCUUACUGUAUGAUGAAUCACAGUGACUCAGAUUCAGGAAAGAACAUUAACGUCACAAAUUCUAAGUCUUUUUCACAGCAAAGAAUAUUUGAUAAUGGUUGCACUUAUCUUCAGUGCAGGCUAGACAAGAGUUUUCCCAACCGAGCAUAACUUGCGUUGUCUUCUCAGAAAGCCCUCAAAAGGCUCUUCUAAAAAUGUAGAUUAAAAUUUGGGUGAUUAUGAUUGACAGUUGCAUAUCCUGGAAAGCAGGGUAUGAGGGGGAUUGGGAGUGGUGCCAAUUGUGUGGCAGAUUCUGCUUCUUGUAAAUAUUCCAAAAGCGCCAACUAUAUAUUCCCAGUUCCAAAGGGAACUACUCACCCCUUUUUGCACCCUUCCCAGAUGAGACGGGAAUGCUGGGAGACCCUGUGCUUCCCUGGCCUGGGGAAGGGGUCUUUGAGGCUCUCACUGCGCAGCCUCGAGGGCAGUCCCCUGCUGGGCGGGUUGUGUAGCAUACCUACCAUGCGAGACGGGACAACAGCCUGAAGCUUGAACAGACCUGUUUGUUUUUUUCCUCUUUUUAAAUGUAGCCCAAAGUGGCAUAUUCAUGUCACUGGCACUGUGAUAUAUAACAUUCUUGGGGAACCUGGUUAUCAUUGUUUUGAUUAACUUUUUUUUUUUUUUUUUUUUGAAGGCCUUUUAAGUAGGGGCUGUGCUGUCCUUCAGUGGACCUAAGAGCAAGGUGACAUUGACUCUGGCAUGGCAUUCUUUGUGGCCUGUGGUGUGAGGAAUGGCUGUCUUACUGGGACAGCGAAGCCCCGGGUGCAGUGUGUCUGUGUCACCCCUGAACCUGCUUGAGUCGUUCUGGGCAGGCUCCUUUAGGUGAGACACUUAUUCCUCAUAAAGCAGCUGUUAGGAAAAUUCCUUCUGGGCAAACGUUGAAAAAAGUGCCUUAUUGUAUUUCUGCUCAUGAAAGAGUUUCACUUUUUUGGAUUUAUUCUAAUGUGGACCUGGACUAUUUGAGCAAAUGAUACUAGGGCAUACUCAGACUUUUUAGCUGUAUUUUAUACCUAAGAUUUCAUGUCAUUUAUUAAUAGAAUUAAGGGAAAUAGAAGCCUGGUAUUACUUAAUGCCUCUGGUUAGCCAGCGAGGACAGAAUGCAAACAUGGAAGCCCUGCUCAAGUUGUCCUCGUGUCUCGCAGCCUCCUUCUGGGAGCUAAGGCACAGGUCAUGCGAACUUGUAUCAUCUUGUCUUCACAGUUGAAAUUUUAUAUUACUUUUCCAAAUUAAGUUAUCAGAACUGGAGGAGAGUAUUCCAGACCCUGUGAGACUUUGUGUAGCUUUGAUUCUAAAAUGGCAUCGUGUGCUAAGAGUAAGCCUGGAAAAUGAAGGUGGUGGUUAAUGACUGCUCUUGAGCAGAUUUUGGUUCCAGGAGACUGUAGGCGCUCAUAGGAUACACUAGGACACCCUCCAGCCUGGGGCCUGGGCGCCCUGUUCCAAAGGGCCUCUGACUAACCGUUGGAAGGUGCCCUUCCUCAGAUGCUCCAGUGGAGGAUCCAAGGAGUCCGUGCUGUGUGCCCAUCCGCUAUUUGACAUGGGCUGUCACUGCCCACUGUUUCACAAGUAGAUACAGAUGUGUUUACGUAUUUGAAAGCGUAGUUUAUUUGGCUCAGUCCACAGAGAGCUACGUUGAAAUAAUGAGUUUGGUAGCUGUGAGCUCUAAUUGAGGGAGAUUCAGACCACUUCCCCACAUUGGGCAGUGGGAGGCUUACAGUUGAUGGACUUAUUUUAUCACCAAGGACUUACUGGUCCAGUAAAAUGAGUUUAACAGAUUUUUACCACUUUCUGAAAUAGUCUGAGUGUGCUGUGGCUUUGAAACCAAAAAUCUGCAUGUUGUCUGAAAAGUAGGCAUUUAAGCAUACUUUUUUCUAGUUAGUGAUGAUAAACUAAUCCUACUUGGGCAUCUUUGUUCACGACAGACCUCAGGGCUGCUUUAAGGUCUGCUUUUGGCAUUGUCUGAGUAUGACAUGGUGGCUCGGGGCAUGUGUGUGUCUGUAACUGUCUACACACACACAUAAGCAAGGUUUCUCUUGGUAGAAUAUUCUUGAAAGACCAUUAGCAGAGUUGAACUGGGCCUUUCAUAAAGCACUGGUUAGAACGGCUCAGCGCAGUUGGCCUGUCUUAAUGCACACAGCCCCUGGAAGUGGGCUCUGUUAGUGCCAGCCAGUCCGGCGACACAGGCUUAGUUUCCGUAAGGAAACUGCGGAAAGGAAAGAAGCAGAAUUAGAAAGUCAUGCUGUUUCCGCGUUCGGUGCACUUCUCGAAGUGAGAUCAGACCACCGUAAGCCGAACCCUCUUGGAAGAUCUGUUGCAACCAUUAUCUUUGUUCUUUACUUAUCAUGCAUUUAAAAUGAGAUGCAGAAGCAUUUAACAUGCUAUGUAAAUAUGGACCUUUUAAAAUUAAAAUGUUAUUGGAAAUGCUUUCAAUUCAGCAACAUCUUAGCUAUUUGUUAGUUCUUUUGUGUUGUCUUAUCAAAGUUUAAUGGAUACAGUUCCAUAAUUGUUGAUGUGUUUGUGAAAUAUUCAAUUUUUAUAAAGAUGGUAGUAAGUCAAUACGUUUAUCCUGACCUGUGUAUUAUUUGUUCACAAAUUCAAGGAGCUUAAAGCCAGUAAAUAUCAAUAUAUCUCAUAAAGCAAACCCGAUAGGUGAUUAUGUGGAGCAAGUUACUUUUUCUUUUUGCAUUAUCUUGUUUUGAUUUUGUGCUGUAACGUAAGUUCACUUAGCCACUUAUAUGAGCAUAACCUUGCAUUACCGUUGGUCUGGCCACAUUUGUUAAAUUCUUAUACUGAUAUUCUUCUAAAAGAGAAAUCUAAUCUCUUUUUUCCAUAAGGAAUGUUGAGGGUUCAACCCUGUCUGGACGGGCCGCAUCCUAAGUGGGUGCCUGUGCCCUCACCCCGUGGGGAGGGGACUGGAGGGAGACCAGGCGGGGGGUCGUCAUAACUACUUUUAAUUUGGGUCGUCCUUCUCAUGGUUUGUCAAGGUCCUGGGGAAACAAUUGUUUACGCCUGGUUCUGUAGCGCUGCUGAAUUGUGACAGAGCUUAGAUCCUGCACCCAGAGGUCUUUUUCCAAAGAUCAUUUUGCUUAAUUCUGCAAGCAGAAGACUUGCUGGAAGGAGGCUGGGAGAGGUGUAGGGUGACGGGGAAGGGGAAGCGAUAGCAGUGGGGAGAGGAGAGUCUUGUGGAAUGGAGGAGAGGUCAUAAGUGUUAGUAAUAAACGUUCCUCUAACACUGAUUCUUCAGGGGAGUCAGCCAGUCAAGCUGAGGGGCAUGUGGGCGGGGGGGCACACUGUGGUCUCAGUAGGCGUCCGCUGGACGACUCUGGCUGGAGGCCAGGAUGGCGUCUGCCUGUCGGGAGGGGGACCCUGAGCCCUUCCCACAGGAGGAGGCCUACGGGCCCCGGCGUGGGGUGGCGUGGGGUGGAUGAAAGUGGAGGCCGUGGCCUUGCUCUUAGGUGUAGUUUUAAGAACCUGUCACUUUUUUUUUUCUUUUGGCUUUGGUUUUUUUGUUUUGUUCCGUUCAUUUUGUUUUGUGUUUCUUUGUUGUUCAGUUGAAGGUAAGCUUAGCGUGCUCGUGGACCGUUGGACUGACAGGGACCCUGUGAGGACAGUUAGGAUUGGGGAGCGGUCUGUGUGUGGGGGCCUGGAGUGGCUUCUGUGCACCGUGGAGCCCUGGAGCCCCCCCUUGGUUCCCUCCCUGGUUCCUGGGAGAGCUGCCUCCCCGCCUCCCCAGUGCAGGCCUGUGCUGCCCCCGCGGCAGGCUCCGUCACUGUCCUGGUGCCCUUCCCUUUAAUUUUAAAAAAUUAAAAAAGGGGUCGUUUUUCAUUUUUUCUCCCUUCCUGCUUGUAGGACUCCAUUGUGGCUUCACAUACUCACCGUGGGCCUCCUUUUACUUUUCUUUAGUCAGGAAGAGCCCCCCCCCCUUUUGUUUGUUUAUUUGGAGUGUGUGUGUGGGGGGAUACUUGAAAGGUGUUGUUGGUUCUUUACAGAUUUUUAAGUGACAUAUUCUAAAGAGGGAUUCACUAACAGAGGGAGGGGGUGGAGGAUGUGAAAUAGGACCAGGAGACCUCCAUGAAGGGGCAGCCCCGGGAGUUCAGAUCAGUUAGGGGAAAGUGUAGAUAUGUUAUUGUGUUUAAUGAGCACUUCAAUUAACCUUUUCAACUAUUUUUAAAACUUGUCAAUCAAGUGUUAUUUUGGACAUUCAUAAAUAUGAACUCUCCAAAGGCGUUUAGCCUUGAUUUACUAUUAAAUCCUAAGGAUUUUGUGUAAGGUUUUUUUGCAACCUGUUUAAUUUUCAUCACUUAAAGUGCCUGUGGUUUUGUGUCCUAGAACCAGAGCAGAACUCCCUGAUUCAUAUUGGAUCCCAGGUGUACCUUCUUCUGGUGGUGUGUGGUUGGGAAGGAUCAUUGGUUUACACGUGGUCACCUGCCCUUUCUAGAGAAUGUUUUAAAAAUCUUAACUCUCUCUUCUGUGCCAUGUUUUGGUAGCAAAUCUUUUAAUUAAGAUGGGCAGGUAGAACAGGUAUUUUUAGUGAGAAGAUGCUUUUUCGUUUUACUUCUAACCAACUAAAAUGUAACAAGGUUUUCAUGUUGGUGUUUUGCUUUGUUUUAUUUUAUUAGUUUUAAAAGGUAUGUAGAAAUUUUUAGGCCCUUUAAAAAGAAACACAUUUUUUAAUUUUAAUAUGUUCCUCAUAGUGGACAGAUGUACUGUUUUAAUAUAUUCUGAAGUUGGUAACGUAAUAUACUCUAGAAAGGAGACCUCCUGACAUUCUUUUAGCAUGAUUUUCUUUUAAAUUGCUUUUCAUUUUAAGCGCACACAUAGCGGAAGCUGAUUUUUAAAGGGCUGUUUAAAUUUUAUGCACUCUGCAGUAUUGUCUUAGAAUAUGUAAUUUAGGUUUUUGAAAACACACACAACACACAUUUAUACUGUCUACCGAAAAGCAAAUAAUCACUCGUUUUUAUAACUCAGCUUUGCUUUUCACAGGCAUGGGAUCCAGAAUUAUUCUUCCUCUGUGAGGAUUUUAACUCGAAGGCUUUAAUUCCACUGUUUAAUUUCCAGGUUCAACAACAGCAAAGCCCGAGCUGGGUGUUUCCGUCUUGAGCUGGUUCUCUUUGUUGGGUGUUUCCGUUCUCUUCCUGCUCCUGCUGGUCCAGGGCUGGGCCCCGUCAGCAAGGGCUCUCCUGCGCCCCUCUCCUUCCUCUCGUCCCGGACCUUCCCUGCCAGACCCCGCCCACCAUCCGCCUCUCCGAGUUCCCUUCUCAUUCUGCAAGGCUUCCACUCGCUUUCUCCCUCCCCUCUCUGAUGUCCACACUCUACUCCCACCCACCUGCUUUGGUGAUGGACUCUUCAUUUGGUGACGGUGCUGUGUUCUUGCUCCUCUGCCCAAGAUGAACACUGAGAAUUCCUCUCUGGGUGCAAGAAAGUUGUGAAUGCGUUUGCACCCUGUUUACAACUCGAUUCCGUCUAAACCUUUGCCUUGACAGGUUUUUACUCACGAUUUAUUCCUCCAGGUCUCUGGUUGGAGAGAAUAACAUUUGAAUUCUGUUAUUUUGCAGUUUGACUGUAGGAGUGUGUGGCGCUCCACAGAUGCCAGCGUCCGGGCGCACGGUUAGCGGUGUGAUUAAUCCCCCUGUUUUAUCCCUCUGCUUCUGCAGGACCUCUUUUGCAUGAGUCAGUGUUAGUAGUAGUACCUCUUACUCCACUGGGAAGUGCCGGCCCGUCCGACCCAUGGUCACUGCUCUCGCUGACUCUGACCCUUCCUAACCGUAAUGCGUAUGCGCUGUUCACGCUAGGCUGCCAGCUCUGAUGUGGAGUCUGAAGCUGUGUUUAUUGGGAGUGCAUUGAGAGUUCAGAAAUCAAGAGGUGACUGAAUUGCUUUCCUCUGGGUUGAUCUACUUCCUGUUUCUACCCAACACACUGCACGUACAUUUGCGGGAGAUGUUGUUGCCUUGUUUUACCCCAUUUUUAUUUUGCCCUAAUCACUGUGACAGCUUUAUCAGGAAUAGAUGUGAAGAACAGUAGUGACAUAGUUGGAAAAAAUGUAUUGUUAUGUGUAUCAUUUGUGUGAUUCCAGACUGGAAAAUGUGUUUUGAACUGUAUUGUAAUUGGCCAGAUGUGUUAAUAAAAUACCUUGCGGUUCCCA